UAGCAAUGCAGUUCAACAUUGCACAUUCUGGCAAUGACGUCAAUGUACCCAAACUGACGGGCCCAAGCCAGCUAAACUACCACGCGAGAGCGCGCAAAGAAGCGAAAUCCACGACCGAGGCCUAGCGACGACGAAGAGGACGACGGGGAGUGAGAGGGAGACGAAGAGGUGAGUGUGUGUGAGUGUGUGUGAGUGUGUGUGAGUGUGUGUGACAGAGAGAGCUGAGGAUACAAGUGGAGGCUGAGCCAAAGCAAGUCGUGGGGACCGAGUUCUUGGAAGAAGAAUACAGCAGGUGUCAGAGGACAUCAGGCUUGAGACACGGAGAAGAAGAAGAAGGAGAAGUAGAGGUGAGAACCACGACAACAGCACCGGCGACAGUACAAACAGGCUGACAGCAGCAGACGCUACAAGGCUACGACAACAACAACAACAACAACAAGCGCAAUAACAACAACAACAACAACAACAACAACAACAACAACAACAGCUGAGACAACAACAGCUGAGACAACAACAACCAAGAAGAAGAACCAAGAAGAAGAACCAAGAAGAAGAACCGAGGCCAUCAUCAUGAUGGGAUGGCAACAACAGCAGGCGGUGCAUCGACAAGCGCAGGCAUGGGGCAUGGCGUUGGCAGCCGUGAUUGCAUUCUUCCUCCUGCCAUUGCACGUGUUGUCCCGACUCGGCGCCUUCCGAACAGCAAGUCGGCUAGCAGAACGACUUGCCACAGUGGGGGUGCUUGUGCUGGCCGCACUCGUUACCACGGGGUGCGGUCUUGCCCUUGGCCCAGUUCUGCUCGCCACAGCCAUAUUGCGUCGGGCAUUGUUUGCAGUUGCGUCUUUGACGGGCUCUGUGCUCGCCAUGCUCAUGUCACUCACGCAGCCGGCAACUGCCGCGCGCAGCAUGCUCAGGCGCUUCGUGGCGCCCACACCAAAGACAGCGGCGAUCACAGCGCUGGCGGGAGCGACCCAACGAACGAACGCGGCGUCUGCCUUGCCAUCAGCAACACCAGUGACUGCCACCGGGCCAAGCACGGCACACACAACCGGGCCACACGUCGUUGACAACCUGGCAAAGUCGAAGCGUGCUUUGGACACGGUUCCACGUUUGCUGGAGCAGUUCAAUCCCAUGACCCAGCUGGUCUCCACCGUGCAGCGGCUCGCUCGCUCCGCAGAGCACGCCAUGCUUCGGGUUCAAGAGCGCAUCCAGCACCGCAUUCAAGCGCUGGAAGCAGAGCAAAACAGACAGCGCCGACGACAGCAGCAGCAGCAGCAGCAGCAGCAGGGAGGACGUCGCACUUUUUCACAGCCCCAAGAACAGAAGCAAACCCCGGCAUUCGCGGCCGCACCAGGCAUGAACACCUUCAACCCUUUCCUUCUACGGUCUGAUGAAGUGCGUACUCACCGGCAAGAAGCCUGGCAUGAAGAAGACAGCCUGGCUCAGACAGGGCUCAGGCCGCUGGGCCACACAGGUCAGCUCUCAGCUGUACAGGCACAUGAACCUGCAUUGGAGCCGGAAUUUGCCACGGUCGACAACUAUGGCAAGUGUGAUGACGAUGCUGGCUCCUUCAAGUCCACUUUCUCCUUGGACACCGCCGCAGCACUUGCCGCUUGCAGGUACGACCAGCCACCACCAUACCACACCUUGGAAAGGGAAACGGACAGACCAGUCUCCAGCCACAACGCGCGGGAGAAAGGCCUUGUCCGAGGCGUUGGUGUUGUCACCCACGAUGGUCAGGUCGCCUACACGAUGCACCAGCGUGAGCAACCACAUCCACUCCACAGCCAAGGUCGUCACCAGCGACUCGGUGGCGGGUUUGCUGACAACAACGGCAGCGGAAAGAAUGCCAUCGUCGCCAGCCAUGCUGACACAGCCAGCAACAGCCUUCCUUGCUGGACCAGGUCCAAGAACCAUGGUGGCCUCAAGAACGCUGCAGUGGUUCUCCAGCAAGCAGGAAGCCCUGAGGACGAGGAAAGUGCGGAUGCUGCCACACAACACGUCAUGUCGCAUGGGGACCUGUCAACAUCUGCGGAGCAGGGGCAUCUUGGUUCGUUGCGUCCACAGCUGCAGACCCAGCGCGUCGCUGGCGAGCAAGGUGGGCGAGCAGAGCAGCGAGAAACACUGCGGGACAGAAGGACCAGGGGCAGGAGACGACGGCGUUUGUCUCUGACGAAGACGCUUCGAGACCUUCAACAACAGAACCCGGCAACACAAGUUCAUCGUGCAAGCGGCUCGCGCCAGGGCACGCCGGUCAGUCCCGGCAGUUCCAACACGGAUGAGACGGUGUUGUUUACACCCCCCGCCAACACAACAAGCAGGUACCAAUCUGCGAUUGAAGAUUUCCUCCACGACGUUGGCUGUUGGCCCACACCCUAUCUCUCCCAUCACGACCUUCACACCCUCACCCUCACGGAGGUGUUCUCUGUGCUGCGGGACGACGACGACUUUGCGCUCCUCGACCGGACUGUGUGGCGUCUCUCCGGCCAUAAGCAGGGUCAUGUGUCGUAUACGUGCCGUGAAGCUGUGUUGGACGUGGUUGAGACAAGGACAGGUGCCGACACGGUACAAGAGCUUGUGACCGCCCACCUGGCGAGCCCGCAGCGUCGCCUUGGUUUCCGGCACUGGCCACGCGUGUUGUGCAUUCGUGCGAAUGCACCCAACGUCACCACCCAGCUCCACAUUUGCAGCUUCUCGCACCCGUCAGACCCAGACGUGUACGAGAGCCGCGCGUACGCCCUUAAAGGCCUCCUGUACAGCGAUGCACAAGCACGUGCUCGCGGGGAGGCGGAUGUUGCCGCGUUGGACACCAGGUGGGUCGACUACACGUGGUGGCGCGAGCGUGGGGAAGUGGCUGUAGCCUCGCCGCCAUCUGCAGCCGAGUACGUUGCCGUGUUUAUCGACUGCAGCGACAAUGCCCUGGCGCAGCAGGGGCAGCGCAACCAUGACUGCGACGUUGAUGGCGGUGGCAUUAUUGCAGUGGGCGGCGGUGAUGCACGUGCAAGACAGCAGGCGGACAGAACUGUCACUGCAAUGGGCGGCUGGCGUGAUGGUGGCUGUGAUGGUGGGGAAGAAGAGAUUGCUGGGUGCAACGGCGCUGGCGACGCGGUUGAGGGUGUCAUGGGCGCGUUUGCUGACCUGUCGUUUGGGCCCCACGGCGUCGUCACACCGCUGAGUCGAUGGUACCGCCUGGCUCCAUUGCAGACCAUCUUCUACGAAGAUGUGCCUGCCGAUGCAAGCCUGCUGGUGCACAUUUUCCACGCGUGCCUGCAGCAUGCUGGCGCGUGUGUGGACGGGGGAGCGCGACUGCCGAGCACGCCGUUUGCUGCGGGGCUGUACACGGCCAUCCACCGCGCAACGGUUGGCGCGCGUCAGGAGGAAACUGACGAGGUCCUGACGCUGCUGAACCACGUGCUGCUCGCAAACAUGGAUGACCCAUCCAUCCCAAAGGACGCUGGCGUGGCGCAAGUAGUUGUUGCGCUGUCGCUGCUGGAGCAAGAGGGGGACACCUUCUUCAUGCCGCUCAUGUGCUCCCGCCAACACAACGGAGACCGCUUGCAUGCAAUACACGCCUCGUCGGACGACUACGGCGUGCGCAUGUGUUCGCGCACGCUUGAGCCAGCGCUGGACGAUGUUGCGCGCCUGUCACCUGUGCUCUUUGUGUUUUGCAACCAGCCAACCCAAAGCGCCGUGCCAGACCUCGUCCUGCAUGGCAGACGAUAUCAGCUGGGCGGUGCGGUGCGGACGCGAGCAGACCGCCACUCGCUGGUGCUGCAGCAUGGGCGUGUUUGGCGACGCAUGGACCGAAAGCUGCGCCCCGUUGUGUGGCGACAGGUUGCACGCUACCUCACCUCCCCGGCCAGCACCGUCCACCUGUUUAUCCUACACGCCUGCUAGCUGGGGAGGUUGAAGGCCAGACGGAGGAGGAAGAUAUGCGAUGCCUUGUUCUGAGUUGAGAGGAGGAGCAGCUUUUGCAGUUGUCAUGCAUGCGGCGCUCACGAUCAAGCAAGCAAGCGAGCAACAAAAAGAGAGCCAUCCAGCUCUACCACUGUUGCAUCCGUCGUCUUCCCACCCAUCUUCGCUGCUCUCCACGAUAAUUGUUUAACAUUUCCAUAAAUAAUCGGCGAACAACGA